AUGGCUACGACCAGUGAAACUAGCAGCACCAGCACGGUCAAUGUCAACAGCAUGACUACGACCACCACCACCCCGCUCAGUGCCCCCAACGACUUGCCGAACACGCAAGCCGCCAUUGCCGCCUCCUUCACCAACUUCCUCAGCGUUGCCAUGCACCAGAUCCUCUGGUUACGAAACGUUUAUCCACGAGCCACCUUCCUCCCCGUGCGGGCAUAUAACUAUCCCGUCCGCCAAUCGCGCCAUCCCAAAGUAUGCGACUAUAUCAACGACGUGGCCAUCGCCGUCGAAAGUGAGAUCUUAAAGGGCACAAUCACCGCCGUAACCGUCAUUAUUUCCUCCGUUCGCACAAAUCAGCCGAUGGAACGGUAUGCCUUUGAUCUGUCUGGUUUCCCUCACGUCCCCGUGGGAGAACUCUAUACCACGUUUGAAGAGCGGAAAGAAGAGGCCUCCAAGCCAGCCUCAACUGCCCAGACCAUCGAUUUGGAGGCUCAGUUUCGUGCCUGUUUAGCAAGAUUAGCGUCCGCGUGUGCUCGAUUGACGCCGUUACCCCGGGAUGACGAGUUUGGUUUCACCGUGUGCAUAGAAGUGCGGGAAGAUGCUCUGCCCCCAGCGGGCACCACCAAAGAAGAGCAAACCUGGAUAGUCGCUGAGCCAGGCCAGGUGCAUGUGCGAUCGUGUACCGCCCCGUUUUCCGUUAGUAAAGUGGGCAGUCAUUCGCAACAACCAUUACUCCCCAAAAUCAACGGCCGGGCCAAGACGGUACCAGUGAGAAAGGUUGAAGCUGGCGAGUUACGCCUUGAGUUGUGGGUUGAGGAAGCUAGGCAAAAAUUCGAAGAACGACUAGUCACCUAG